GUUUUGCUCAUCGUUGGUUGCUGAAUAAUUUGUGAUUGUGACUCAUCUUAUGAUUCCGAUUCCAAAGCAAUCUAAUAAUUUUAAACAUUCUUUUUAACAUUUUGGUUCUAAUAGUAAUAGUACAUUGUACUUUAUAAAGUAGGCUAAAGCCUGUGUUUUUUAUAAAGUUUUUAAUACAACCAUCAAGCUGGGGAACGAAAUGUCUUCGUCUGCUAUGGAGAAGCAUUUAUUCAAUUUAAAAUUUGCUGUGAAAGAGUUAGAGAGGAAUUCAAAGAAAUGUGAAAAGGAGGAGAAACUAGAGAAGGACAAAGCCAAGAAGGCUAUACAGAAAGGUAACAUGGAGGUGGCGAGGAUACACGCAGAGAAUGCAAUACGACAGAAGAACCAAGCAAUUAACUAUCUACGAAUGUCAGCUAGGGUUGAUGCAGUGUCCAGCAGGGUACAGACUGCGCUCACAACUAGAAAGGUCACAAAUUCAAUGGCAGGUGUAGUGAAAGCAAUGGACGCAGCAAUGAAGUCGAUGAACCUAGAGAAGAUAUCAACUCUCAUGGAUAAAUUUGAGAGUCAGUUUGAGGAUCUCGACGUCCAGUCUUCCUACAUGGAGAAUGCAAUGUCACAGACCACCACAACUACUGUACCGCAGGGAGAUGUUGACAAUCUCUUGCAGCAAGUAGCAGAUGAGGCAGGACUGGAGCUAAACAUGGAGCUGCCUUCGGGCGUGCCCAGCACCUCGGUGGGAGCCACCACCGUAGUCUCCCAGGAGCAGGACGAGCUCACGCAGCGGCUCGCGAGACUGCGCCAGGCGGAGUAGUGUUAAUACUGUACAGAUGAAGAUAAGUGUAUCGCUGCCGUGCCGUGACAUUUCACAGUAUCUACACAUACAGUGGUUUGUAGUAACACCCAUAAACAGUGUUGCCAUUUUGCAGGGAAACACCCAAAUUGCGGGGAAUUUUAACUUAAUGGUUCAGGAAAUAUUUCUGUCUAUUAUUUUAAUUGUGCAUCUAUCGUCGACACGAUGCUUAAUGACUACUUUUAGAGCUUAAUAAAAACAUUAGGGUAAUUUACAUGGUAAAAAAAUGUUAAAUUAUAUGGAUAAUAUGGCAUAAAAUUAUUAUUUUUUUUCUUGAUUUCUGCAUGUGGGGAUUUGGAAUAUUUUCCUUGUCCAAUAUGAAAGAAUCAUUCAUUCUUUAUUUUCAUUCAUUCAUUUGUGGGAAAUUAGUUGGUAAAAUAGGUAUUGUCAGUGCUGCUCUUAAAUGAGGUCCUUGCACAUAUUUACUGGCAUUUAAAUAUUUUUUAAGACUUUAAAAUGCAUUAGUAGUAUAUGUACUGAAUCAAGCAAAUAGUAGAAGAGGAAUAAAAAUAAAGAACUGUGAUUGUUCAAAACUGGAUGUUUUUAGAUACAGUGUUUUGUCAUGGUAUGGCUGAAUUCGUUAUGUUGCUGUUCAUAAGAUUAUAUUGAUAUUCUAUUUUAUUAUGAGGGUAGUGUUUGGAUGUGUAAACUAAAAGAGCGUCGGAACAGCAGAAAAGCAUAGUUUAACAAAUAUUUUUUUUUUGUAUUUUUCUGCGUGUUAAGUAAAUAGUAUAACAUCCCGAAACGUACUCAUAUAUUAAUAGCUGCCGCCGCGCGGUUGCACCCGCGUGGUUCUCGUUCCCGUAGGAAUAUGGGGAUAAUUUAUAGCCUAUAGCCUUCCUCGAUAAAUGGGCUAUCUAACACUGAAAGAAUUUUUCAAAUGGGACCGGUAGUUCCUAAGAUUAGCGCGUUCAAUCAAACAAACAAACAAACUCUUCAGCUUUAUAAUAUUAGUAUAGAUGAUCGAAGCAAAACCCUGAUCAUAAAAUAGAAUUAUAUACCAUGUCGCUACUAUACAAGAUGUUUGCAUAUUGGUUAACACGUUCGCUGCGGUACGAGGUCAAUUGACCUCGUACGCCUACCCUCUUGUAGAGUUACGAGGUCAAUGGACCUCGUACGCAUAGCGUCUUUAAGAGUUACGAGGUCAAUUGACCUCGUAACGCACCACAUAAAGUUUUAGUAAGAGAGGAAAGUACAGAAAUAUCAGUGCCGCAGCGAACGUGUUAAGGUCUUUGUAGUUCAAUCUUUAAUUAUUAUAUUUUUAUGUCACGAAGUAUACAUUAUAAUGAAUGAACUGAAUUACCUUGACCUGUUAAAGGUAUAGUAUGUCAAACUUCUAGUUUGUUUUGCAAUGGGUAACAUGGUGAACUGCAUAGCUUUUAUAACCCUGUUAAAAUAUAUUUUCAUUACACUGCACAGACGUGAGCCGUGUUAGCCCAGUGGUUAUGACCUCUGCCUUAGAUUUGGAUGGCAUAGGUUCGAAUCCGAUCCGCGGCAUGCACCUCAAACUAUUCAGUUAAGUGCAUUUAAAAAAAUCAAAUAUUACGUGUCUUAACCAACCUUGUAUAGAACUUGAAUCACACUCAAUUCCACCAACAAAAUUGUCUGUCAUUUUUUUUGAGGGGACGCGGUAAACUCACACAUAGAAAAUAUUUAACACCAAUAUUCUGUGACUUUAAACUACACACAACUAUAAUUUUUAAAUUAUAAUACACACGUGUAAUUUGAACACAAUGAAACACCGAUUCAGUUUGUACGAACACGUUUGAUCAUGAUCAUAUAUUUUUGAUAGAGGGGUAACCUCUGGCAGGUCAUAUGAAGGUAAUUGGAGCUUAACAGUGAGGGAAAAACACCGUGAGGAAACCUGCAUACGUGUGAAUUUUCUUAAUUCUCUGUGUGUAUAAAGUGUGCCAAUCUACAUUGGGCGAGCGUGAUGAACUAUUAACCUAACUCCUCUUAUUCUGAGAGGAGACUCGUGCUCAACAGCGAGCCGAAUAUGGGUUGUUAAUGACACUGCGCAGCUAUAUGCCUCAUGCUUAGUGCGAACUCGGAAGUUUGACGCGUACUAUACUAUAUUUUAAAUAUUGAUUUAAUAAUUAUAAACGUGAAAAACCACAAAUAUAAUAUACAAUUAAUUUGUGAUUGUGAAGAAGACAUUCACUGCAUUGUUUCACGACUGUCUCAUAAGCUAAUAGGAGAGCCUGCGAGAGUCAGACACGCCUCAUUUUAUGUAGGUUGAAUGUUUGAUACCUUGCUAACAUGGUUAAGUGUGGUAGCCACUUAUGGAGACAGACCGUGGUAACUUUAAAUGGUAGCCGGUUUCAAGUUUCCAAAUCCUCAAUUGUUGUAUAAAACAUAGUUUUUUUACAUUUUAUAUCGGAAUCAUUAUUGCAUUUGAUAAUCUGUCAACUUACCCUUAGCGUCGUGUGAACCCUUGGAUUAGAUGGUGAGGGUCUGGACUUGAAUUUGAAACCUUGUACCUUGCAAACUUCAUAAUUAUAAUAAUUUAAUGAUUUAUAAAAAAUCAGGAUCAGGAUUAAAUGUAACAAUUGACUUGUCACGCUAUAACGAUUUUGUAAAAUAAAUGUACAUGUACCUACACUAUGAGAAUAUUAUAAUAAUAUAAAUAAAUAUUUAAGAAUUAUGUUUUAA